CCCAAACAUUAAAAAAUGUGCACGAUCCGCAGCAGCGCAGGCGGGGCUGUGGUCGGUGGGCUCCGAUCGCGCACGCGCACCCGCACCCGCAGCAGAGCGUUCCUUUGCAUUCCCAGCUGUACAAAUGGGCCGCUCUCUGGGGCGCCCUGUGGUAACGCAGGCUUCGUUUCUGAGCCGGGAACGGUUGUCCCGCCAGAUUCAGUCAGUUUCUGCCUUUUCACCUCUCACCUCAGAGGACGCCGCGGGAAGAGCCGGGCUUGUGGAGGCGUGUGUUCCAUGGGAAACGGUACGAGCAGACUCUAUAGUGCUCUUGCCAAGACACUGAACGGCAGUGCUGCCUCCCAGCACCCAGAAUAUUUGGUAUCACCUGACUCUGAACAUCUGGAGCCCAUUGAUCCCAAAGAACUCCUUGAGGAAUGCAGGGCUGUCCUGCACACUCGACCUCCCCGGUUCCAGAGGGAUUUUGUGGAUCUGAGGACAGACUGCCCCAGUAGCCACCCACCUAUUCGAGUCAUGCAGUGGAACAUUCUUGCCCAAGCUCUUGGAGAAGGAAAAGACAACUUUGUACAAUGCCCUGUGGAAGCCCUCAAGUGGGAAGAAAGGAAAUGUCUCAUCCUAGAAGAAAUUCUAGCCUACCAGCCCGAUAUAUUAUGUCUCCAAGAGGUGGACCACUAUUUUGACACCUUUCAACCACUCCUCAGUAGAUUGGGCUAUCAGGGCACGUUUUUCCCAAAGCCCUGGUCACCUUGUCUAGAUGUAGAACACAACAAUGGACCAGAUGGCUGUGCCUUGUUUUUUCUCCAGAACCGAUUCAAGUUAGUCAAUAGUGCCAAUAUUAGGCUGACGGCCAUGACAUUGAAAACCAAUCAGGUGGCCAUUGUACAAACUCUGGAGUGCAAGGAGUCCAGUCGACAGUUCUGUAUUGCUGUCACUCACUUAAAAGCACGUACAGGCUGGGAACGAUUUCGCUCAGCUCAAGGCUGUGACCUUCUCCAGAACCUGCAGAACAUCACCCAAGGAGCCAAGAUUCCCCUCAUUGUUUGUGGGGACUUCAAUGCAGAGCCAACAGAGGAGGUCUACAAGCACUUUGCUUCCUCCAGCCUCAACCUGAACAGUGCGUACAAGCUGCUGAGUGCUGAUGGGCAGUCAGAACCUCCGUAUACUACCUGGAAGAUCCGGACCUCAGGGGAGUGCCGGCAUACACUGGAUUAUAUAUGGUAUUCUAAACAUGCUCUAAGUGUGAAGUCAGCUCUUGAUUUGCUCACAGAAGAACAGAUUGGACCCAACCGGCUACCAUCUUUUAAUUAUCCUUCAGACCACCUGUCUCUAGUGUGUGACUUCAGCUUUAACGAGGAACCUGAUGGACUUUUAUAAAUGCUUGUCUAUGUCUCUUUAAUCACCAGAGUCUUAACCAGGGAUGUUUCAGGAAACUGAAAUAGGAUAAGUUGCUUGAGGAAGGAUUCCCAGUUUCUCUUACAUCAUUUUCCAUGUUUCCAGCAUGCCCUUGGGAAGGAAUCCCCAUUAGUCUACAAACGUUUUCCUUAAAACCUAUAGCAAAAAAGGUGUUUGCACUCCAGUUUUAGCUUGUAGGAUUUUCUUUCCCUUAGCGUUACAUUUUCAUCAUUUAAGGGCAUUAAAAAUUAGGUUUGUUUUGUAGCCUUUUCAGAUUAAGGAUAGACUUGCUUGAGCCCUCCAUAAUUAACAAGUAUACAAGAACAAUUCCUCUAGACAGCAUUUCAGGUUAUUUAUUUGUGGUUGUUACAAUGUCAGCAAGGUAUGCAUGGCAAUAUUUAUUUUUUUUAUAUUUUCAUGUAAGAUUAAGUAAUUAGAGCAUUGUGAAUGUUUUAAAACCACGCAGAACAUAAGUUAUAUAGAGUAAUUUAUAGUGAUUUUCUUAAAUCUCUAAGAUCUUUUUAUUUGGGGGUCUAGUAGUAUACAAAGGGACUAUUUAGACGGGGCUUUUUGUUUGUUCUAUAAGUGGACAUAUCAGGUGUCCUUGAUACUUUCUUUAUAAGUAAUCCUUGCUAUGCCUCCAUGUUCCCAUUGUUGGGUUCUUAAAGAGAUUCCUUGGCCAAUCAGUCUUCAUUAUUGAAUCAGUGUUACGCGCUUAAGCGUUUUCCAUUAGAAGGCUAUGGUAUACAUUUGAGGUCACUCAAUGUCUAUUUGUAUUGGACGUGCUUUUCACACUAGGUUAUUUAGGAACUGCUAUGUGGCAGUAGCUAAAAAGUAAGUGGGGCCUUCUUUUCAGAGAUGGGAAACUAGGAAGCCUAUUAACAAAGCUGUCCUUGAAAUCUCCUAAGAUAGCCAGGUGGCUAGUCCAAAACAUCUAGAAGAGUGUAAAAACUUAGAAAGGUAACCUGGAAUUCUGUUCCGACGAAAUAAAAGUGGUAAAGAUCACAAGGUGAAGCCCCUUUCAAACAAAAUCCUAACAAAUAACCUGUUGGUGAUAAAUUGAUAACCCGUGAGUUGUAAAUAUUUAAGAAUAAUAAAUGGUCUUUUAAAGCUAGUGCUUUUAAUAUCUUGUCUUUUUAGUCCAGAAAGAACCUGGGAGUACAUUUGAUCUUUGAAUACUGUUAACCUGGUGACCCACAGUAAUGGAUUACUAUUUACACACAGACCUUCAUUUUUAAAGUGGACAAAGGUGGAUUUGUAGCUGCACACUGAAGGCAUCUAUGCUUAUGUAACAUCUCUAGGCAUCAAGGUUGGAAUUCCCCAAAAUGGUUCACCCAAAUAUUCUGCAUCGGAACUACCUUUGAAACAAACAAGGUUUUCAGUACAUUGUAAUGUCAAGCAGGAAGAGCAUCCGUACCAACUGUUAUUUGGUUGAAAUCCUAGCAUGAGAAUGGUACUCAUAUGCUGUUGAGAAACCAAAAGCUGAUUGAUACAGGCAUUAGGUCUUGUAUACGGUCAUUAGGUAUUGUUUGCGUGCCCCAAAAUACACCAACCUGAAGAGAAACUAUCACAACAGCCAUAAGAUGAGCAAAUCCGGAUGAGUAUGAAAGCCAAAAAAAUGUUUGAAUUUCAAAUGUUGUCCACCAGUGUAUGAAUUAACAGGCUAUGGACUGAGGGUUAGACGAGGGGUGGCUAGGAAUGCUAAUGAGCAAAAAAGCUGGAAAUGCCAUGUGAUUGUAAUGUGCCUGUAAAUGAAGGAGCUAGGGGGAAAAUUCUGAUGGAACUCUCUCCUUAUGACUGAUCCUUUGGAGUUAUUAUAGGAGGCUAAACACUUCAGUAUGCUUGUUUGCUGCUUUUGUAUUUGUCUUUAUUUAAAAUGUAGUUACGUGAACAUUUUAUGUGUAAGUAAACAAUUUUUUAGUAGUAUAUUAAA